AUGUCAGAUUUGAAAGCCAGUGAAGAAGGGUUUCAGGAACAACCUGGGUGUUCAUUGACCAAAGCAGUGGAGGACGUCAGUCAACAGGGCUACGCUCAGUCGGAGGCCCUGAGAGACAAACAGAGGACGCUCAGCGCUCUGCAGGCGACACUGUCAGCUGUUGAGGAGAAAGCUGAGGUGGCAGAGCAGGAGCUGAGAUCUAAAGUGAGGGAAUUCCUGAUGUUGGAGGGGGAGCUGGAGCAGCUGGAGAGGCAGACAAAAGUCCUGCACGAUCGCUGUACAUCCAUCAGCAAGGGAAACGCUGACCUUCAGAUGUUUAUUCGAGAGGAGGAGGAGGUGGCUCGCACGGCACUGGCCCAGUUCAGCGCUUACCGAAACAAGAUGGAGGGUCACAGAGCUGCUGUUUUGUAUGCAGCGAGCCAAACAGAGGCCCACAAAGAGCUGGAGGAGAAGAAAGCAUUGGUCCGGAUGUUGACACAAAAGAAAGAGGAGCUGAAGGAAGAUUUAGAGAAUCCAAAUGGAAACACUGUACAGAUGGCAAAGAGUGAGAUUAAUGCUCUAAAGAAGGAGAUCUCUAUGAGGAGGACGACGAUAGCGGAGAGGAGGGAGCAACUGCAAAAAGAGACUGAGCUUCAUGGCCAGAUAAGGAAAGAGAUAGAGAUCCAGAACAGACGCUAUGAAGCCAUCGUCAAGCGCCUCCGCUGCCAGCUAAGCAGGGCCCAGGCUGCCCACAGGCAAAUGUCUGAUGACGUGUACCACAUGAAGAGGCAACUGGCUGAGCUCAAGAGGCUGUCAUCACACAACUGAGCGGUCAGUGGUCAGUACACUGUACAUUCAGGCUCUUUGAAUUUGGGUCAGUUGUUCUGUGUUUGGCAUAAAUCUGAGCCUGUGUGUGCGUGUCAGCUGAAGGAAAGGUUGUUGUUGUUACUGGAGUUCAACAGCUGGGGGC